AUGUCUCCAAAAAGACCUACAAAAAAGAAAUUUAAUACUAAAGUGGAAUCCAUUUUAUUAAGUUGCAAUGGAGAUACCUUAGACCUCUCUUAAUAAGAUUUGGGAGAUGAUGGAAUGAUUCUCUUGGAAGAAUUCAUCAAAAAUAAGAAGCUUAAGAUCCUGAAAUUGAUGCGAAACAAAAUCAGUGACACUGGAGCAUCCAAAUUACUAGAAUUACAUUGCCAAAUAUUGCAUUUGUAAUCCAAUGUGAUUACGGAAAGGUUCCUGGAUUUAAUUUAGUAAUUAAUAUAAAAAUAGACCUAAAUUCAUAUUAAAACCAUCUAUUUGGGCUAAAACCUAAUGAAUUUAUUUAGAGUAAAGAAAAAAAUAGAGGAUUUAAAGAAGUUAGGCAUAACUAUUUAAAUAUGA